AUGGCCUCCCGACCCACCGUCAACGUUCGAUCCUCGACUGGCGAGGCCUCAACCUCCCUUCCCCUCCCCGCGGUCCUAACCGCCCCCAUCAGGCUCGAUGUCGUUCAACAGGUGCACAAGAGCAUCGCCAAGAACAAAAGGCAGGCAUACGCCGUCAGCGAAAAGGCUGGCCACCAAACUAGCGCAGAAUCUUGGGGUACAGGUCGUGCCGUCGCCCGUAUCCCCCGUGUUGGAGGAGGAGGAACUCACCGUUCCGGCCAGGCUGCUUUCGGUAACAUGUGCCGUGGAGGUCGCAUGUUCGCACCCACCAAGACCUGGCGCAAAUGGCACGUCAAGGUGAACCAGAACCAGCGCCGUUUCGCUGUUGUCUCUGCCCUUGCCGCCUCUGCCCUUCCUUCGCUCGUCCUCGCCCGUGGUCACCGCAUCGAGCAGAUCGAGGAGGUCCCCUUGGUCGUCGCUUCUGCCACCGAGUCUUUCACCAAGACCAAGGAGGCCGUCGCCCUCCUCAAGGCCCUUCAUGCGUACUCCGACGUUGUCAAGGUCUCCAACUCCCGCAAGCUCCGUGCUGGGAAAGGAAAGUUGAGGAACCGCAGGCACCGUCAGCGCCGUGGUCCCCUUGUUGUGUAUAACGAGGACAAUGGCAUCGUCAAGGCAUUCCGCAACUUGCCCGGUGUCGAGCUGGUCAACGUGAGGAGACUGAACCUCCUCCAGCUCGCUCCUGGUGGUCACCUUGGCCGCUUCGUUAUCUGGACUGAGGGUGCUUUCGCUCUUCUUGAUGAAGUUUCGGUCCACAAGAAGGAUUACUACCUCCCCACCGCCAAGAUCUCGAACCCCGAUGUCACCCGUCUCAUCAACAGCGAUGAAAUCCAAUCCGUCGUCCGCCCCGCUGGCCAGAAAGUCCAGAAGCGCCCCUGGACCCAGAAGAAGAACCCCCUCGUCAACAAGGCCGUUCUCUUCCGUCUCAACCCCUACGCCAAGACCCUGCGCAGGCAAGAGAUCCUCAAGCAGGAGCGUUUGAAGAAGAAGGACGCCAAGAAGCCCAAGCAGCCCAACUCUGCCAACAAGGCGUUCCUCGACAACCUCUUUGCUCCUUAAAAGAAAGAACCACUUGGGAACUUAUGGGGACUGUGUAUGUGUUAUGCUUGACUAGGAUUAUGGCCCCAUUUGUUAUUGCACGCCCCUCACCACCUAUGUUUCUGUGCAUACAUUCAAAAGACAUAUAUGAGUUCUGAUUGGUU